GAUUGUAAAAUAUAUUGAUUUCAUAUAUACACAACCCAACAGAAUACUGCGCUACAAAGUAUUAAUUAUUCAUUUGUCGUGAAGCUGCUUAACUAUGAGUAUACGAUUUUAUUCUGCAUAGUGUGAUUUUUUGCGCUAUCCAUUUUCACAUCUGAUAUGCCGGAGGUAUGAUUCGGAGCAGAGAGGAGUAACAUUCACUCAUUCAGAGAGAGAAAAUUGUGUAACAUCGUGCGCUUCAGUCGGAUAGAUAUAGGUAAAUAUUCGUCAGAGAUCGAGUGUCUUGUUUAUAAUAAGAGAACUCAUCUACACACGUGUUCCUAGUCGUAGGUCUUGUGUUUUCACAUUGCCCGGCGAUGAGGGAAACUCGAGUCAAACUUGUUCGCCCAAUAACACAUAGGCGACCUUAUUAGGCAAAUCGCUUCUCCGAUCUUCUGAAGAGCGAGCGAAUGCAAUGGCCGACAUCUUUCGCAUAAUUUAUUCGCCCUACCGAAGCUGUUUUUGACUCGCCUCGCAGUGUCUUUCCCCCCGAUUUGAUUAUGAUUAAGACCGUAAGACAGUUUCGAACACAAAUUAUCAGUGCUUUUAAGAUGGCGCGUGGAAGAUAGCGACCACCACUGCUCGAAUUAAGUGAUGUAGAUUGGGGAAAAGUGACCAAAGUGCUACCAAAAUUAACUCUAUUACCGAUAACGGCCAUGCUUUACGGAGGAUCAUUCAAGUACACGCGAUCUUAGAAGAUAGCUGUUGUGUAUAUAUUCUUCUCAAUGUGUAUAUAAGUGCGCUAAUUUAGUAAACGGAAAAUUUUCACCGUUCGGAUUUUAGAAUAUGCUGCUUGAGGAUUGAAAUAAUUGUGAAUGUUUUUAUUGUUUACAUUAUUAUAAUCGACGGAUUUACUUCAAACGCUCUGAAUAGAAAUGUGAUAUUGGAAAAAUACGAAUACCACGUGAGUAUGCAUGAAUGACAAAUGGGUACUUUGCUUGUUUUUUCGAAGAUGCCGAUAACUCUGAUCCAUUCGUGUGUAGGGUAAUACUGGAGUUAGUGGUCCUCUUGGACACAUGUCCCGUGGAUCCAAAUGACAACUGGCGGAGGGCGUUUCGAUUUUGAGGACGGAGGGACAUAUUGCGGGGGUUGGGAGGAUGGAAAAGCACACGGCCACGGAGUGUGCACGGGGCCGAAGGGACAAGGGGAGUAUUCUGGCGCUUGGCAGUACGGUUUCGAAAUUUCUGGCGUUUACACAUGGCCAAGUGGAAAUAAUUAUAAAGGGCAAUGGUUUCAAGGAAAACGCCAUGGACUUGGCGUAGAGACCAAAGGGCGGUGGAUUUAUAAAGGAGAGUGGACCCAAGGGUUUAAAGGUCGCUAUGGUGUCCGACAAAGUUUGACUUCCGGUGCACGUUACGAAGGUACAUGGACCACAGGGCUCCAAGAUGGAUAUGGAUGCGAAACAUACGCAGAUGGAGGUACGUAUCAAGGACAAUGGCUUCGGGGCAUGCGGCAUGGCUACGGGGUGAGACAAAGUGUUCCAUACGGACUUGCUUCCCAUUACCGCCCCAAGGUGCGUGCUUCGCUUACCUCCCUUCGCAGCGAAAACGAGGACGAACUCGUCGUAAAAAGUAGAGACAAAAAACUAGACGAAAGUCGAGGUGGAUUCGUCUUAAAAGCAAAAAGUGACGAAACACCUCCAACACGAAGGCGUUCGAUAUUAGAUAAACGUUCUAGUCUCAAGAAAUCUGUUUUCAGCAAGAUCAAAAUCAGGAAACAAAAAAGUACAGGUGACAUCAACGAUUCGUCGCCCAAACGGCCCGGAACAGGGUCAGUUCGAAGUACAAUCAGUAGUCUUAGUCAUGCUAGUGUGGAUUCCACACAGUCAGGGCUCACCAACGCCUCUAUGUAUACGGAUAGCAAUCUUAGUUUUGUUAGUCAAGAUGACAUCACUGACGUCAACGUUACGGAAUCCUAUAUGGGAGAGUGGAAAAAUGACAAGAGAUCGGGAUUUGGAGUAAGCCAAAGAUCCGACGGAUUAAAAUAUGAAGGCGAGUGGUUUAACAAUAAGAAAUACGGCUAUGGUGUGACUACGUUUAAGGACGGCACCCGUGAGGAAGGAAAGUACAAGAACAAUGUGUUAAUAUCUUCAGGAAAGAAGCAUAAGUUAUUUUUAAUACGGACCUCAAAACUAAAAGAGCGAGUUGAAAAUGCGGUUGUAUCGGCGCAGAGAGGAGCUCAAAUUGCCUUACAAAAAGCGGAUAUUGCACUUACUAGAAUGGCCAACGCACGCGCCAAAUCUGAACAAGCAGAACAAUCCGCCAUCAAAUCGGAACAAGACUCGGAUCACGCGCGGAUCAAAGCCAAAGAAUACGCCCCAGAAUUUCACCAACCAGGUACUGAUAUAUUGAAGAAAAAGCUAUUGGAGCAAAAUGCAAAUGGCAACGGCGAUUUCAGUAAUGAUCAAUAUGACUAUGGCCAUGAUAAACUCGUACCGAAUCACAACCCUCACAAUCGAUCAAGGCUAAUGAUGUACAAUUCGGAUAUGGAUGACCUUGAUCGACCUCCUGGCUCAGCCCCGUAUCCAGGAUUAUUUCCAAUGAACGAAGUGUCACCUGAUGGAAGCCCGAUCCGCAAUUUUAACACGACGGACAUGAACCACCUUAAUGUAGGAGGUUUGAAUAGUUCACCGGAAAAUAACGUUCCUAAUCAUUCACCUCACGGUCGAAGUCCUUCUCUCAAGAUUAGGCGAUACAGUUUCCUUGCGGGUUCAAGGCGUGGGCGGGGAUACAGUGAGAUUUUGAACUCAACCAUUCUCAAUGAUCACUUCGACCAGUACACUGCUCAACAAAUCGAGGGAGAAGGUCACACGCCAGACAGUCAUCUGCAAGGAAACCAUGUCAAUAAUCCACCUCGACAUUUAGAGGUUUCCAACAAAACACAAGACUCUGAUAAUGAAAAGCAUCUAGUAAGGAGAAGCACUAUGCCAAGUAUAGUCAAGGAAGACGAGGGUCCUAAAUCUGGUUUGAAAGAAACAGCACACAGCAGUGAAAAUGUGAGAAACCCUGAAACUUUUAUCAUUGAAAAUGGAAUACGAAAGCGAGUUACAGGUGUAAACGCAGCGCCAACUCCUUCAAAAUCUAAAGGAAACCUUCCAAAUGAAUUCCAAAUAGAGAGCCAAAAUUGCUUGACUCGAUCUGGUGGUAAUCGUGGUAGUCUUCCAGACAUUGCAGCAAUGAAACAGAAGGAUAAAAUCAAACCGAUGUCGAGAGAAGAGGCCUUCAAACUGAGCACGAAAAGACGGGAGGAGUUACGAAAAUUGCAAGAGCUUGCUGAACGCAGACGACAAGGGGAUGUAACCGUGAUUCUUGGAGACCUUAGAGAUUUUGUCCAACAACGCCAGUUAUUGGUCCUAGUAAUAGCUCUGAAUCUCAGUCUUGCUGGGAUGUUUUUCAACCUUCUCUCUUGAUGGCACGGGAAGCAGAAUUAGGAUUUCGGUUUUUUGAAAGUGCUAAGCACAACACUAUGCGGGAUCGGGUUCGAUGUGCAUGCUGUGGAAUCUUCAGAAAAUAGUUUGAAGUGGAGGCUCUGACAAGAACGGCCAUUCAACCGUGCAAAAUGCAAUGCAGUGGUCGUAUGUACUAAAGACUGUGUUCACCUGCUUUUCCGUAUAUUUGUUUAAAAGACCAUGUUACUAUGGUAAAUGUUAACACAGGUUUUUAUCCCAAAGUUGUGUGUCCUUUUAUGUCAAACUGUUCAUCUGUUUCCCUUUUGUUGGUCGAUAGUAUUGUGAAAUGUUUCGUACCAUUUGCUGAAAAUUAUUGUGAUUGAGAAACGGCAUGUCCGUGACGACAGAUUUUUGAAGUUCUAGGAACUCUGUGUGAAGUGACCAUUCAUGAGUCUUGAAGAAUCUAGACGAUUUUCAUAUGGAUUUUUAUUGCUAAAGAUCUCCAAUUUUUAACCAUCCAAAGACUGGGAUUUUCUAUUUACAUAUUUAUUAUAACUACUAAGCAUGACGAAGUCUUAGUAUUUCAUUUCACUUUCAACAAAUUUUCGCUAUUGUUUUAAACCUACAUGAUAAUAUCAUUACUUAAAUGCUACAAAUACUUGUUUAACAAAUAUAUUUGGUGAUUUUUUUGUCUGUAAAAUUGUACAAAUAUUUCAUCUUCUCCCUAAUUUUUUUUAUUCAGGACUGUUUUCUUGAAUGCUGUCAUUUUUCAUUAAUCAAUUACAUUUAUAGUUAAACCUCCAUUUAAUCAUAUGAAAGUGUGACACGUGAGUUUGUAAUCGCCCCUUUGUUCAUUCCAGAAAUACACUGUGUGAAUGAUGACCUAAUAUGGUUUUGUUAUAAAUUUUUGCUGAACACAUUGCUGUUGAAUGAGCUUCUGAAAGUUUAUACUUUCCCUUUACACCAAUCGCACGGACAACAGGGUUGGUUAAUAAUAUGAUAUCUAAUUGAAUUCGUUAAGACGCUGUUGUUUUCGUUUUCUCCUGUCAUUUUGUGCCCCAUAUUUUGUGUUGGCUCUGUAGAGCUGUUUUGUCUGUUACUGAAGAAUAUUUAUAUGUAAUUAUUUAUUUUCUUGUAUGAUUUUUUGCGAAAGUGAUUGCAAGUGUCGAUGAGGUGCUCGUAGAAGACUUGAAUUUAAACCAACAGCAGCUGACAGUAGAAUUUGGAGUCAAGUGUUUUUUUUCCAGUGUUGCAGAAUGGACCAUCAGGUUUCGGAAGUAAAUCGUUUUAUUGGGCAUUCAUGAAAGUUUUAAAAAAGUACAUGUUUUCUAUGUACGUGUGUCCGGUUUUAUACUUGGUAGAAUGUACGCUUGCACUUACCAGAUUGUUGUCAGCGAGUACUUUUUAUUGAUGAUUACUUUGUGUGCUAUCCUUUAUUUUUAAGAGAAAGUGAAAUGCAAGUUUAUGAUUAUUACCGUUUGGGUUUUGGUUCUGUAAGAUUUCAUUCGUGAGGUAUUUUGUAAAGGAUGUUUUCAUCUAUAUUCCUCAUUAUUUCAUGUUUAAUUUUGUAAAAAGAAAAACAUAACGUUGAUUAAUUACAACAUCUAAUUCGGAAAACCUUUCUGUUUUCAUAUUUUUCCUUUUAUUUCAUUUUUGAUGUAUCUGAUUUUCAUUGACCAAAUUAGGAAUAAAUCUUUCUUUUCCUUUCUUAAACCACAGGUAUUUUAUGAAUUAUCACUUGUAGUAUUUUAUAUCACAUGGUUUUUUUAAAAAAAAAUUAUCUAUGAAUUAAAGAUUACGGUAGAACAACAGUGCUUAGAGAGUGAGCUCUGACUCUUUGUUGAUAUCUAAUGUAAUCAUUAUUUUUAUCCUUUGAAAGUUGUUAAAAGCACAAUGGUGAUAGAUUGUUGUGAAAUGUUUUCCUUCUUUGAUAUAGUAAUUCAUUUCAAAUCUUAUAACGAUAAUGCGCCAUGAGUCACGUGGGUGUGAUGUACACGUGAUAUGCGCGACCUGGUUGCGCUCGAAUGUGUUGGAUUUCCUCAAGGCAGCCAGUUUGUCUACAAACGAUUUCUCGUUUUACCCUCUUGGAGAAUUGAAGGAACAUCUAUUUUCUUGCAACCUUCCAUAAAACCAGCUGAGUUGGUUGUAGUUAUUAGUAUCACAAUAAAAUGUCAGUUCCUUUUA